UUGUUAUGUUGGCUCUUUGAAAAUUGGAAGUUGAGAAGUCGAAAUUCACAAACCCUAAAUCAUUUUCUCCCAAACUGUCGAACGGCCCCAAUUUUCUUGUUCCCAAAUUCCCGUCCCCGCCGCCCCCUCCCUCGUCGCUUCGCCGCCCGCUUCCGGGAAGUUUGUCUUGUCUACUUGACUCAGCAGUUGGAUAAUUAACUCGAAUAAUGAGUGGAGCAGCAGAGAAACCGUCAACCACGAAAACACCUGCUGAUUUUCUCAAAUCAAUACGUGGUCGACCUGUAGUAGUCAAAUUGAAUUCGGGGGUUGACUAUAGAGGUAUUCUUGCAUGUCUGGAUGGAUAUAUGAAUAUUGCCAUGGAACAAACAGAGGAGUACGUCAAUGGCCAGUUGAAGAACAAAUAUGGGGAUGCCUUUAUUCGUGGAAAUAAUGUACUGUAUAUCAGCACAUCGAAGGGAACCCUGGCAGAAGGGGCUUAGCAUUGUGAUCUAGCAAGGAUGCCAAGAUAUUAUAUCAUGUUUUCUUCACGAAAGACCAUCUGCAGUAUUUGUAGUUUUACUAUGUACUCACACUGGUAUGCUAGUUUCUAUUUGACAUAGAUGUGGUUGGAUCUGCUUGCUUAUUUGAACUGGAGCACACAUACGGAUGUCUACUUUCUUAUUUUAAGCCAUGUCCGGAUCUUGGAUUCUCCGCCAAAAUGAAAAUGUGAUUGGAAAUCCACUGGCAAAUGUUUGUCUGGAUCAUGUUAAAAAGUGUGUUCACAUAGUGGCACGGGCAUUCCGCGGUGCGGUCUGAGAGUGCUCAGCUAAUUUUUUCAUCGAAUUUGAAGUUUGCACUUGGUAAGAUAAUUACAUCGAGGUCCCUUGAA